GAAUAAACCAGAUAAAAGAUCUAUACAUGUGUUUUUGGCAAAAGAGUAUGAAAGAGGCAACUCUUCGCUAUCUUCUACAGCUGACAUGAUGACACUGAUGCAAAGAGUUAUUGAUCAACGAAAACAUCACACAGGUCCAGUGACUGUCGUUUGCAGCAAUGGUGCAACAAAAAGCGGAUUGUUUGUUGCAUUAAGUUUGAUUUUAGAGAAAAUGAAGAUAGAUGAUCAAGUCGAUGUGUUCCAAGUUAUAAGAACAAUACAAUUACGGCGACCAGAAUUUGUGACUAAUUUUGAUCAAUACGAAUACUGUUACAAAUGUAUCAAAGAUUUUCUAGAAGGACAGUCAGUAUAUGCAAAUCUUUAGUGUACAAUGACAGAUCAAUUUACUGUUUAAGUAAGCAAAGGAAUCAUGUACACUUUAAUUUUGUAAUAAAAUAUCAAAAGAAUGAAUCAAUAGUGUAUAGAUUGUUGAACAGAAGUCAGAAGUUCAAUGUGUGUAUAUAAGUAUUAUUCAUAUCCAUGACAGAUCCAGUUGCAUAUAGGAAAACGUUUAUUAUAUUCCGGAAUAUCCAUAACAGGAGAUAUUAUUGUUUUCUGUUUUGUUUUUCAUAAUAAAAAUGAACCUAAUAUUGUAUUUCA